GCGCGCUCAAAAGCGUUCAGCGCUCACAGCAAAACGCGCAUUGACAGAGAGACGCGUUCAGUAGCGUUUUGGAGCACUUUACAAAUCUUGUAUCUUGGUGGGGAAACAACAUAUACCAAAGGACUAACCCCACUAACGAAUAAUAAACAUGUUGUGCAUUCGGAAUUCAGGUGACUGUUUCCGGGACCAGAUGCAAUACAUGAUGAGAUCUCUGCAGGACUUGAAACAGAUCCCUGAACCAAUCGACCCUCCUAAUAGAUCUUAUGCAGUAACACGUGCCUUCCAAAGGAGGGCACAACAGCGUGAGCAACUUAGCCGCCUACGAAUCUCUGAUGUAAGCGACACUGGCACCUAUGAUUCUGCCUGCUGCCUGGCCAGCCCGUUAGAGGAGGAGGAGGAGGAAGCUGGCGUUGAGCAUCUACCUCAGGGUUCCCCAUGUAGCAUGAAAAGUCUGGACUUUGAUUCUGGAUAUUCCGAAGCAUCGUGGCAGGAUGAAGGCAUGGUGUUGCGACGGACAAGGAAUUUACGUGUUUCAUCAUCUGCGUGUGUCCGCACCAACCAAAUACGACCCAAAUCUACAUCGGACGCUUGCCUGGAACGUUGGACGUCAUUUGAGGCCAGUGACCCCGAGGACUGGACCACAUCUUUGCUAACCAGAGGACGUAACCGGCAACCCUUGGUUCUUGGGGACAACAGCUUUGCAGAUCUCAUUAAAAACUGGAUGGAUCUUCCAGAUUGCCCAGAUUCUGCUGACUUAAAACCAAACGUAAGCCGCAAAAUAGCCAAGGACUUUCUGGUGAACAUGCGGCGGAAACUAACGGGCAUAACAAGGGGAGUUGAGGGGAAAUCGGUGGAGACUUGCACUAAACGGAUGUCUUGUCCUGUGGGUUUUCAUGUCCCAAAGCCCUUUUUUCACCAGUCCCACACAAGUUUGCACCAAGUGGGAUCAGACUUUUACCAGAUUAGUGCUCUUAUGAAGACAGGAAGUCGACAGCCUAUCAUAUGCAAUGACAUCAUUGGAUACAUCUGAUGUAUUUAAGACAAAAACUAAAGACUUAUUAAAGACUUAUCCUUUGAGAUUGCCUAUAAAUUGCUGCAUUUAUGAUUUCCUAUAAUAUGCUUAUAAGCGUUAAUAAACAUUGUAAUAA